AUGUAUCCAUCAAGCAUAGACAGAGAUCAAAGAAGAUUAAACUCUACUGAUUACUCAUUGGAAGCCUCAGAACAAAGUGCUUCCCAAAAACUAAUUGCCAAAAUAUCCACCCAUAACACAUGUGAGCUUAGAAAAGCUCCUCUUAACAACACUGACAUAACGGAACUUUCCUUAAGCUAUCCAGCGUCUAACAAAACCAAUGCAAAGAGCAACAACUCUGCAUUUUUCUUUGAAUCCUGUCAACCCCCUUCUCUAGCAUUACUUCUAUUACUCAUAGUCUAUACUGUGGUCUUAAUUGUGGGCCUUUUAGGAAACUUCUCCCUUAUCAUCACCAUCUUUAAGCAGCAGAGAGAAACUCAGAAUGUCACCAAUAUACUGAUUGCUAAUCUCUCCCUCUCUGACAUCUUGGUGCGCGUCAUGUGCAUUCCUUUUACUGUCAUCUACACUCUGAUGGACCACUGGAUAUUUGGGGAUUCCAUGUGCAAACUGACCUCCUGUGUGCAGAGCGUCUUCAUCCCUGGGUCAAUAUUCUCACUUGUGUUAACUGGUGUUGAAAGAUACCAGCUGAUUGUGCAUCCCCGUGGCUGGAAGCCCCAUGUAUCUCAUGCCUACUGGGGCAUCACACUGAUUUGGCUGUUUUCCCUUUUGUUGUCCGUUCCCUUUUUCCUGUCCUACCACCUCACUGAUGAGCCCUUCUGCAACCUCUCUCUCCCCACUGACCUCUACACCCACCGGGUGGUUUGUGUAGAGAAUUGGCCCUCCAAAAUGAACCAGCUCCUCUUAACCUCCUCCAUGUUUAUGCUACAGUAUUGUGUUCCUCUGGGUUUCAUCUUCAUCUGCUACCUGAAGAUUGUUAUCUGCCUCUGUAGAAAAAAUGGGAUGGUAGACGGGAAGAGGAUAACUGAGACUCGGCUCAGUGAGAACAAGAGGAUUAACACAAUGUUGAUUUCCAUCAUGGUGACCACGGGGGUGUGCUGGCUGCCCUUGACAUCUUCAAUGUCAUCUUUGACUGGUAUCAUGAAGUGCUGA